CAGCUCCUCACUCUCAUCUCUUUGUCGUCUCAGAGCAGAAAGGCAGCAUCCACCAUGACCUCCUUCAACAGUCAGAGUUUCUCGGUACGGAGCUCCAGCGGCUCCCUGAGCAACUUCGGUGGUGGACUGGUAUCAGUCAGGAAGGCUGGCAGUGUGUAUGGAGGAGCAGGAAAUGCAGGGGUCCGCAUCUCCUCUUCUUCCAUGGGUGGACGUGGCAGCAUGGGGGGAGGCUACUCCUCCUCAAGCAGCUACAGCGUGUCCGGCAUGGAUGACAGCAUCAUCGGCAACGAGAAGUUCACCAUGCAGAACCUCAACGACCGCCUGGCUUCCUACUUGGCCAAGGUGAAGGCGCUGGAGAAGGCCAACGCCGAGCUGGAGCUGAAGAUCAGGCAGUAUGUGGAAAGCAAGGUCGGUCCCAGCACCAGGGACUACAGUGCCUUCUUCGCCACCAUUGCUGACAUCACUGCCAAGAUUCAGAGCGCCAUCAGAGUGAAUGGUGGGCUCCAUCUCAGCAUUGACAAUGCCCGCCUGGCUGCAGACGACUUCAGACUCAAGUAUGAUAAUGAGCUGGCAAUGCGUUUGUCUGUGGAGGGCGACAAUGCUGGCUUGAAGAGAGUCCUGGAUGAACUGACCAUGGCGAAGAGCGACCUGGAGAUGCAGAUUGAGGGUCUGAGGGAGGAGCUGAUCUUCCUCAAGAAGAACCACGAGGAGGAGAUGCUGGCAAUAAGAAGUCAGAUGAGUGGUCAGAUCGACGUGACAGUGGACGCCACUCCAGGACCAGACCUAAGCAAGAUGAUGGCCGAGAUCAGAGAGUACUAUGAGAGCAUCACUGCCAAGAACCAGAAAGAGCUUGAGCUCUGGUUCCAGACCAAGACGGAGACUCUGAACAAAGAGGUGGUCAUUCAGAAGGAAACCCUGCAGACGUCCAAGUCAGAAGUCACAGAGAUCAGACGGACGCUGCAGUCGCUGGAGAUCGAGCUGCAGGCCCAGUUGGGCAUGAAAGCGUCACUGGAGGGAACUCUGGCUGAGACACAAAACCGUUAUGCCAUGCAGCUCUCUGGAUACCAGAUGCAGGUGAGCGCUCUGGAGGAGCAGCUGGUGCAGCUGAGGGCAGACCUGGAGAGACAAGCACAAGAGUACCAGAUGCUGCUGGACAUCAAGACCAGACUGGAGAUGGAGAUCGCCGAAUACAGGAGGCUGCUGGAUGGACAGGGCAGCAGCAGCAGUGUCAGCUCCUCUUCAACGACCUCGACCACCAGGACCAGGCGCAUAGUGGAAGUGGUGGAGGAGGUUGUUGAUGGAAGGGUAGUCUCUAGCUCCUCCACCACCUCCUCCGUGAGCUUAAUUACAUAUCAAGUUGUAUUAAGUAUAAAUACACCCUCCUCUCCCUUGUUCUUCUCCUGCAGGUAUGAUAAUGAGCUGGCAAUGCGUUUGUCUGUGGAGGGCGACACUGCUGGCUUGAAGAGAGUCCUGGAUGAACUGACCAUGGCGAAGAGCGACCUGGAGAUGCAGAUUGAGGGUCUGAGGGAGGAGCUGAUCUUCCUCAAGAAGAACCACGAGGAGGAGAUGCUGGCAAUAAGAAGUCAGAUGAGUGGUCAGAUCGACGUGACAGUGGACGCCACUCCAGGACCAGACCUAAGCAAGAUGAUGGCCGAGAUCAGAGAGUACUAUGAGAGCAUCACUGCCAAGAACCAGAAAGAGCUUGAGCUCUGGUUCCAGACCAAGACGGAGACUCUGAACAAAGAGGUGGUCAUUCAGAAGGAAACCCUGCAGACGUCCAAGUCAGAAGUCACAGAGAUCAGACGGACGCUGCAGUCGCUGGAGAUCGAGCUGCAGGCCCAGUUGGGCAUGAAAGCGUCACUGGAGGGAACUCUGGCUGAGACACAAAACCGUUAUGCCAUGCAGCUCUCUGGAUACCAGAUGCAGGUGAGCGCUCUGGAGGAGCAGCUGGUGCAGCUGAGGGCAGACCUGGAGAGACAAGCACAAGAGUACCAGAUGCUGCUGGACAUCAAGACCAGACUGGAGAUGGAGAUCGCCGAAUACAGGAGGCUGCUGGAUGGACAGGGCAGCAGCAGCAGUGUCAGCUCCUCUUCAACGACCUCGACCACCAGGACCAGGCGCAUAGUGGAAGUGGUGGAGGAGGUUGUUGAUGGAAGGGUAGUCUCUAGCUCCUCCACCACCUCCUCCGUGAGCACCUGAGCUUCCGACGCAGGUGACAGCCAAUCACCAUCAUCACCAUCAUCAUAGUCUCAUCACCAUUGUUCACUGAUGUUGAGAAUCUGAUGUCAAAUAAUAAAAUAAGAGCUCAAAUAAACUCUGUGCUUAUGUC